UCUUAAUGUAAUCUAUGAAUUACUGUGCAUUUAUUCAAGGCUUAAAAAGGAACACGACUACUACCUAAAUUAGAUGUAUUGUUGGCAUUAUGUAUUAGUUUGCUAGUGUUGCCAUAGCAAAAUACCACAGACUGCGUGGCUUAAACCACAGAAAUUUUUUCACAGUUGUAGAGGUUGAAAAUCUGAGAUCAAGGUGCCAGCAGGAUUGGUUUCUCCUGAGCCUUGUGUCCUUUGGCUUGCAGAUGGCCCCUUUCUCUGUGUCCUCACAUGGCCUUUUUUUCCUGUGCUUGCACAUCCCUUAUGUCUCUUCCUUUUCUCAUAAGAACAAGAGUCAUUUUGGAUUAGGUCCCCAUCCUUAUGACUUCAUUUAACCUUAAUUACCUCUUUAAAGUCCCUGUCUCCAGUUAUAGCCAAAUUGGGGCUUGGGGCUUCAACAUAGGCAUUUUGGGGAACACAAUUCAGUCAAUAAUACAUUAGAACUCUGUAUGUUAAUUUACAAUGAUAUGAUAUAUAUCAAAGAGACUGAAAAAAAUGAAUGGACACCUCAGAGACUUAGAUUUUAAAGACAUUAAAGUACUUCCCUGGUGGUCCCUGGUGGUCUGCGCUUCCAAUGCAGGGGGCAUGGGUUCGAUCCCUGGUCAGGCAAGUUCUGCAUGCCAUGUGGUACAGCCAAAAAAAAAAAAAAAGACAUUAAAAUACUGUAUUUAAAGAAAAUACUGUAUAUACAAGUUUCAGGACCAAAAAAAAAAAAGAUUAUGGCAGAAUGCACCAUAUUAAGAUAUGGGGCAUAUACCUUAAACUUGCAUAGAAGUGAUUUAGACAGAUCUUCCAAAAACUUAGUAAUCCAAGAAAUGUUUGUCAGUUCCUGUCAUAGUUACUGAAGAAUAUGUCAUAAUAGGUUGCCAAGGAAGUUGUCGUACACAUGGAGUGAAGUACUUCCCAGUCUUCUUCAUCCCUUUGAGGGGAAUAUGUUCAAGAAGCCAUCAUGGGAGACCUUUUUUCUUUAUUUUGGGAGGUGGAUCCUCCCCCCAUACCUACAAGUUUUGCCAUUCCAAAUCAAGAUUAUGAAUGCCAGAAGGGUGACUCUUGUGAGACAAUAGGGAACUUCCUGCUUUGGUAUUUUGUCAUUUUAUUGGUCUUCUCCCAACCAUUAUAUUGGUUCUUCUCUCGGGCUUCUUUCUGGAUGUCUGAGAAGAAAAAGAAUGAAGACAAUGGGACAAGCAGUUCGCUAAGUAAAGCAAGCAAAGAUACUUCCUAUAAGCGGCAAAACAAAGAUGGUGCCAGGGAUUCUUUGCAAAUGAUGACAAAACCAAAGCAGAACCAACUUCCUCUUGUAACUGACUCAGAAGUGGCUUUGGUCAAUGCAUAUCUUGAACAAAGACGAGCGAGGCACCAUUCUGAAUUCAGCCGGGUGAAUCAGACACAACCUGACAGUGAUACUACUGAGUGUGAGAGUGAAGUAUCUAACUCGGGAGCCUCCUCUUGGAAGGAGAGUGAAAGUGAACACCACCAAUCACCAGCCAGUAUUAAGAAGAGAAAAAUAGCUCAGAGGCAAAGGAAUAUGGGAGGUUGCCAAAUCAGGGAAAGGCCCUGCCUCCACUGCAAAGCCAUGAGAACCAAUGAAUGGCUGACCCGCCAUUUCCUUCAAAACGCUUCGGUAACAACCCCAAUGCAGGGAGAUAUUCAAGAAUGAAAUUCUGGACCUGGUAUUAACAUAAAAUUCAGUAAAUUUUGAAUUUUAUCUAGUCCUUACCUUACUUGAAGCCAAAUGAAAGAGAUGAAUAAAACACAAAAAAUGACCAGAGCUCUAGGUGAGGAGGCUUUUACAAUAAAGUCUCUCUACUAACAACAAAAACAUUCUUGGAAUGCAAGAGAUAAAAUUUCAGAUAGGGCUUCCCAGGUGGCACAGUGGUUGAGAGUCCGCCUGCCGAUGCAGGGGACACGGGUUCGUGCCCCGGUCCGGGAGGAUCCCACAUGCCGCGGAGCGGCUGGGCCCGUGAGCCAUGGCUGCUGGGCCUGCGCGUCCGGAGCCUGUGCUCUGUGGCGGGAGAGGCUGCGGCAGUGAGAGGCCCGCGUACCGCAAAAAAAAAAAAAAAAUUUUCAGAUAAUUCUUUGUCCAAAAACAGACCAGUGAAUUUGUUUAUGGCACCAUUGGAGCAUCAAAGAUCUGUAUCCACUGUGAUUUUUUUUAUUCAGAAGAGCACAAGACAGAUACUUUAUGCCUUGAGUGUAUGUAUUUUGUUUAUAUCUGUAAUACAAAUAAGGAACCUCUUUGAAAAUAUAUUUAUGUUUAGAAACUAUUUAAAUUUAUUCAUAUGUUUUGAUUAUCUGAUUGACUGAAUGAAUUAGGUAAUGUUGGUUGGAAUAGAAUUGGCUCAUAUUCUCCAGAUCCAUAUUUACAGGUGGCUCUACCUGAGCUGUAUUUUUUUUUUUUUUUUUGGCUGCGAGGUUGUGGGAUCUUAGUUCCCCCAUCAGGGAUUGAACCCAGGCCCUCGGCAGUGAGAGCGUGGAGUCCUAACCACUGGACCGCCAGGGAAUUCCCUACCUAAGCUGUAUUGAUGCACAUGUGUCAGCUUGGGGCUGGUGAGGAGGAGCUGGAAUGAGACUGGAUUCCUAGAGUAGACCAGAAGGACAGCUGGGCCAUGGGCUGUCCGUGGUUAUUGUCCAAAGGGCAUGACAAGUAUUUAAAGAAAAAAUUAUUCUUACAUGUGUUAAAAUGAUAAGGAAGACUUUAUUCAAGACUAUUUGUAAUAGGGGUCCAGUCUAUUGCAACUGGGGAGAGAAGUCAAGCUCAACUCCAAAUACAGCAAGUUCAAGUGGGAAUUUAUAACCAAGGAGCAGGGUAAGGGUGUCAGUGGAUGGAAAAUUACUAAGAGGAGCCAUCAAGCAUAGGGGGAUUUCUACUAAAUUGACCUGGCAUGAUUCUUGCUAAAGGCAGACCAAGGACUUAUACAGCAAAGGUAGAGGAUGAGGAACUUGAUCAGAUGUCAAGGGUGCUCAGAUAUCAAGGGUGGGGGACUGUCACUAAACUUACUUAGCAGAAUUCUUGCUAAAACUGGACUGGGCAGCCAAAGACAGGAUGGGCGCCAAGGUUGAGAUCUGGAUGAGAAGAGGGCUCAGAAGAGCCUAACUCAAAUUUGUCAAAGAAAGAGUCUUUAUUGAAAGUUAGCCGCAAUCCAGACAUAGUUGGGGCUGAGUUUUCCAGUUAGGCGGGGACCCCAGUGGUGGGGAAUUCAAGCAGGCCUAGUAGAUGGGUGGCUAUUCUGGAGGAUGGCAGAACCCCAAGUGGGAUAUCAAACAAGGCCCAGAUCCCAGAGAAGAGGGCUGACAAGGACAAGAUAAGCAGCAGGGGCUCUGUGCUGGAGUUCAAAGAAGGGUUUAAGUGUUAGGGACGAAUUUGGAUACUACAUUGAUAAAGACUGCAGCUUAAUACUAAGAACUGAGCCUUUUAUGGGGUAUUGGGAGAAAUACAACAGAACUAUGACUGUGGGCUUGGGAGUUACUCCUGAUAAUUUCAAGUUCCUUAACUAACGGCAACAAAGAGACCCGGGAGGCAAUGUGGAAGUCCCAGCCAUUGGAACUAGGCCGCUAGAAUCCAGGACAUGGGGUGACAUUUCUCAGCUUAUUUGUGGAGACUGUCUUAUUCAGAUUUCCUCAGGAUUGGAACAGGUCUGAGGCUGCAAGUGAAAAGAGGACAACUUCAGGUUUCGACUUCAAGCGUCAACCUUUUCCACAAAGACUUCCUUUACUUCUUGAUUUUACCCUCCUCCACUUUGUCCUCUCAGGCAGAACUCACUGUGCCCUCCCUUAUGCUCCAAUGUACCUUGAAAAGUUCUCUAUCUCAGCACCCUUAACAUUUUAAUGCAUGUAUUUGUUUGUGUGUAUAUAUAUAUAUAUAUAUAUAUAUCUCCACCCUUAAAGAUAGAGUCCAUGACUUAUCUGUAUCUCUGUGACCCAGCACAGGGCCAGAAAACAUGGCAGAUAAAUAAUGCAGUUGAAUCAAUAUGCAGAGGGAUUCAUGAAUGCAAAAGGGAGGAGCUGAGGAAAGCAGAGGCAGAGAAAGCAGGGCAGGGGCCAAUAUCUAAAAUUUAGUGAAUGAUUCUGAUAUUUUCUAACUUUAUAUGAUCAAGAUGCUUGUUAUCUUGUUUAUUUAAAUAGCACCAAAACAAAAUCCAAAUACCAAAAGCCAAAAACACAAACUCAAAAUAUAGUAGUAAGUUGCAGGGGCAGGAUUUAGACCCAAGUCAUCUGACUUCAGAGUUUGGGCUCUUAAUUACUGUGAUCUUAGCCAUUAUUCUCUGAAGAUGGAAAAAUCCUGAUUUCAAGGUAAGUCAGUUGCCACCUCCCACACAGCCAUAAGUGAUAUCCAAGCUGAUAUAAUCUCAUCAGGAAGAGGACAAUGACUGUAUUCUAGAUAACAGAGUACGAUGGGUCCAUGCCCCAAAUGUGUUGCUUGUGGAUCUAAAAUAUAAGCAAUGAACUAUUAUCCGAAAAGUCAUGUAUGUCAAAGACUACUACUUUUCAUGGUCUCAUCUAUGGGGCUAGCACAGGUCAGAGUUGGGGGGUGGGAGAUAGCUGUCCACUGGAAGAAGGAAUCAUGGAUGAGUUAAACCAGGGGCUAUAAAUAUGAAGGGAUUAAUUAGGGUAAUUUGUAAGUACGUUAAUCGAAAAACAGACCAAACACAGCUGGGAGGACAGCCAAAGCCAAAGAAAGAAAUACACUGAAUCAGAGGAAUAAGGCAAGGGCAUUGUAAGAUGAGGAGCAAAAGCAUGUCCAGGCUCAUUGGAACUGAAUUAAUGAGCAAGGUACAGAACACGUGAAGUGGAAGAUAGUUCGUGAAACUAGGGCUGCAAACAUCAGUUGUGGCUUGGUGUUCAUUGUAUUCAGAGCCUGUGUGAGCUGUCAAGGUGGGGCCCCUGGGCUUCAUAACAGUCCCUUCUUCAGUCUGUCCUUGCUAAAUGGGAAAAACUUGGGCACCUGUGGUUUUUAUGGUAGAAGGUUGUAACCUGUUUGGGUAGCUUGCUUGUGGGGAGGCAUGGAAUUCUUGGGCUUGCUUCCUAUCUGUGGUCCAUCCAUGCAACUAAAUGGUCAGAACUGACCUGUGUAGCAAUGUCCACCUACAUCAAGCCUCACAACUCUUGUCAGGAACUGUGAGGGUGGGAACUAUGGGAUGCAGGGAAGUUUUUUUUUUAAAAAAAACAAUAUAUUCUUUUCUUUUUAAAAUUUAUUUCAUUUAUUUAUUUUUGGUUGUGUUGGGUCUUCAUUGCUACAUGGGCUUUGUCUAGUUGCGGCGACUGGGGGCUACUCUGUGUUGCGGUGCGCGGGUGUCUCAUUGCAGUGGCUUCUCGUUGCAGAGCAUGGGCUCUAGGUGCGCGGGCCUCAGUAGUUGUGGCUCAUGGGCUCUAGAGCGCAGGCUCAGUAGUUGUGGCACACGGGCUUAGUUGCUCUGCGGCAUGUGGGAGCUUCCUUGACCAGGGCUCGAACCUGUGUCCCCUGCAUUGGCAGGUGGAUUCUUAACCACUGCACCACCAGGGAAGCCCAGGGAAGGUUUUAACUGAGAUGGAUGUGGCAAAAAAUGAGAGUAUACACAUAGGUGUUUGGAGAGGGGUUGGGGAAUAGGGGAACUGGAAACUAUAGCUACAUGGUAGAUAGUCUCAAACUCUGAACCUCUGCCCUCCAAGAUUGGGUGGUGUGGUUUUGGUGGAAGGAGAGGCAAGCCAGUAGCAAUAACAGCAACAAUAAUAAUACUGAUAAUAGGUGACAUUUAGAGAGUGCUUGCUAUAUGCCAGACACCAAAGUAAGCAUUUUAUAAGGAUUAAUUUACCCUUCACAAGCUUGCAUCCAAUUUUAUGGAUGAUGAAACCGAGGCUCAGGGAAAUUAAAUGAUAUACCCAAGGUCAUAGAGCUGGUGAGUUGGGGAGUUGGGUCUUGGGUUUUGUCUGAUCACAAAGAUUUUGUUUUUACCGUGAUGAUAACACAUUAUCCAUGUUCUUAAUGAACAGUGAUUAGAUAAGACCUUGAGAGACCAGACCCCAAAUACCAAACCGAGUCCAGAGGCUAGAGAAGGACUGUUCAUGGAGAAUGGAGCCAAGGGUCAGAAGCUGAGCAGAGAUUGGAGCAGUUAAGUAAAACAGGGAAGGGCUGACACUGUUCAGUGGAGAGGCCUUAGCAUCAUCUUACCUCAUUUGCAGUGAGUAAGGCUGGACAACUAUCAGUAGAUCAGGCAGAAACUCAGGGUGGGCUUUUGAAAAAAGAAGGGAAAUGGAAACUUAGCUGAAAGGGUUGGUGAAGGUAAGAAUGAGCUUUGUACUGAAUGUUGAGGAAUAGGAGGCAGUAGUGACUAGAGCAGUGAGGUUGAUGGCCAAAGUUUUGAGAGAAUUGGGGGAGGACACCAUCAAGAAAACCACAUAGCUACAGCUCCUUGCACUGUUACUGACCCUCCUGCCUAGGGCCCCCAAAAGGGUCCUCCUGCCUGGUGUCAUUGGAGCCAACAGAAUGAGACUGAGUUUGGUUCAAAAGGAAAGGAAAGUUUUAUUCUUUGAUCAAAGAAUGGGGAGGUGUGACCUCUCGCUCUAGAGUCCACACUCUUCCCAACAGGCUCUGGGCAGGGCUGCUGUGUAGGGAUCUUGUCAGCAGGGAGGGAGGCAGAGAUCUUGCGGGGCGGGCACAGCUGCUCUGCUCAAGGCUCCAGAUUGCAGUGCUGGGCGCAGUGCCUCUGCACACAGCCUGCUGCCGCCGCCAUCUUGAAUUGCAGUGUCGUGCGCAGAGCUUCUGCCCACGGCCCACCGAGCUGAGGUGUCCAAGCGGCCAUUUUGCACUGGCAGCUCUGGGCUGCAGUGCCGCGUGCGAGGCCUCUGUGCGCAGUACGCCAUGAGCAACUGAAACUAGGCGAAGCACAAAGGAAAAGAAAAAAAAAGGUUAGACUUUAUUACCCAGAUUCUAUUUUUAUUUCCUGGGAAUUUUUAAUGGGCUUUGCUGGUGACACCACCACCAUCCCUUUCUCUCACAAAAGAAUACUAUCUCCCAACAGAUUCCAGGGUAGUGUUUUCAAAACAGUGACCCAUUAAUAGACUGUGCAAUCAAUUUAGUGGGUAGUGACUAGCAUUUAGUAACAAAUGAAUAGAAAAUAACAGUGUCGCACAUAAUAAAGGUAAGUAUUGUUUUUGUUUUAGUGUGUGUGUACUGAGUUGCAAUCAAUGCAAAAUGUGUUUCUUACUAGGUAGGAUAGAAAAUAGGAGCCACCGCUCUGGAGGAGUUUUGUCAAUUUUCUGUAUUCGCCAGCUAUUCCACCACGUUAGUGAAGGCAGGUGUCACUCUAUGCAUUCGUGAUUGUUGUAUGCUAGUAAUUAGUAAAUCGUCACUCAGAGACUAAAGGAUGGACCAACUGUCUAGAUUUGUGAAAAGCUUGAAUUAAAUUAUACAACUUUAAAAGAACUUUAGAUUUAUUAUUUUCAAAUAGAGUAAGUGAAAGCAAGCUAACCAACUGUUGCCUGGUACACAGGGGUGGGUUUUGCCUUGGUGAAAAAACAAGAAUAAUUUGUAAUUGACAUUUCAAAGAAGCCUUAGAAACAGGCCAGCCUUUGUUUAAAUCAUAAUUACCCUGUUUGUAUGUAAAAGGAUACUUCUAAAGCUUUUCAAAACAACUGGUUCUUUUAAGUAGAUAAUUAUUCCCUUUCCAAUCUUGUUUACACUAUUCAGAACUGCAGUGAAUUCUUUUUUUUUUUUCCAUAGAUAGUACAAAGGUUAACUUCAGCCAGCCCUUCCUCAAAUUAUCACAAAUUCCCAAUUAGUGAAUUCUAAACAGGGUUUCCCUGUAACAAUAUACCAAAGACUUGUAUGAUGUGUUCUUUAUUGCUUUGAAUAACAUCUGACAAGUUUCCAAGUACCAGGCCACCUGGAUAUUCUCUAUCUGUCAGGAACAUAUGGCCACAGAGGUGCAUUGGAGGGUAAGAGGAAAUACAAAUCAGGCACAAACAUGCAGGGGUAGUGAAGGAGACAAAAGGGAGAAAAUGUCCCUCCUCUUUUUUUUAGUAUCUAAUACCAACUGAAGUGUACAUUUAUAGGCACUUUUUACUGUAAAGAAGAGUUGCACUUUAAAUUUCACAAAGCUACAGAUGGAAAUAGAAAACCGAACUUUUUUGUAUGAGACUGGAAGUUAUUAGAGAGGCCCAGAGAAGCUGGCAAAAAAAAGACGUAUUCCAAAAAAAAAAUUAUACUUGUCCUUUUUUGCAUAACAUUUCUCACUGCAGAUCUCCACUCAGUGAACAAAAGGAAGUGCAUGAAAUACUUAAAAACAAAAACAAAAAUGUUAUAAUCCCAGACAGUACUGUUUUCUAGUUCUUAUCUUUUAUCUUCUGAGCUUGGCCUCUUUCACAGGCAGGCCCUCAAGCUGCCUGAUUACAGGGGCCUGUAGUCUAUAAUUGUCUUUGUUUAUUAGGGCUCUCUGUCACUAUGAAGUUUCAUGUGUUCAAAAUCUUGCUUUAGCAGUGAGAACAUCAGGCAGGGAGCCAACUCUGCUACUAAUUAGUGUAAACCAAAAGAGGGAAGCAGGGAGAUAAAAACCAGGUCCCAGUGGAAGGGUCUGCAGCCAGGGUUAGUAAAAGUGACAUGGCAGGUCAGAGAGUUGAAUGAGACAAAAGCGCUUGGAGAAAUGCAACUUAGGGCCGGAGUCUUUUUGUCUCUUUUCUUUGAUUGCACCCCUUCAGAUGCAGCAAGCGUCUGUGGUAGCCUCCAUCAAUUGUUUUCCUUCUGUUCCAGCUCCCCAUUUUGUUCCACUGUUCUCCUUCCCUUAUAGGAAUUAGGUCCCAGUCGGUCUAAGGCAACCAGGGUGGUGCCAUUCCCCUUGUCAGUGAGUGGUUCAUGCAUGGGCAUGUGAUCUAAUUCUGGAAAGGGAAGUUUGCUGGUGGGGUCAUUCUGAGAAAAGUCUCUUCAGUCUUAAAAAAGACCUGCACUGUCCCUUUUCAUUUGGUGGGUGAUGUUGAUGACUUCAACUGUGACAGGUACCUGUGUCCAUAGAACAUUAGUCUAAACAUAUCAAAGUGAAAAUAUGGAAAAGUCUCGGUCCUGAGCUGCUAAAUUAAGAAAUUCUGGAAUCAUCCUACUUUUGGACUUUUUGUUAGGCAAGAAAAUUUCCCUUAUUAAUCAUUUUAAGUUGGCUUUUCUUUUACUUGCAGCCGUUAUGGAGUCUUAAUCAUCUUUUAUCCUCUAUAAUUUCUAGAGCAGCUCCUUUUGCCUAUUAUAAGGUGCUCAGACGUUAAAUAAAUACUAAGUAAGUACAUGUACUCCUUUGAUGGAGCCUGUGGUGGUGAUGCUGAGAGCUGUUAAUAGCUGAGAAAAGGUCUUUAUAAAUGUUGUGGACUUUUUAGGUUGACUGCCUCAUCUCUUUUCUUUUCUAGGAGCCUCUUUUUUUCCCUGAUUCUCAUGCAUGUUGUUACAGUGUGAUCCUGCCUGUUUCCAUCCCUUCACCCUGUCCAGUCAUUGAUUUCAGUAGGACUUUCUUCCAAUCAAAGUUCCUUCAUGAGAAUUUGGAAUUGGGACCAGGAAAGAGAUCAGUCUCCUGAGGUGACUGGACUUAGAGCAGAGUAGGUUUUCACGUUUCCCUUCAUAUAGAUUUGGAAACCAGGGAAAGCAAGUUGUAACAAGAACAAAAGAAUGAAGCAAAGAAGGGCAGAGAGAUGCAAUGGAAAGUUCUGAUGGUUUUCAAGUCCCUGGUUCCAGUUAAUUCCUAAGGCCAAUCUGUUUACCCUCUCAUAGGCAUCAUGACACUUCACUCGUUGGCUCUUAUAGUAAGUUCCCCUUUUUGCUUAUGCUAACUCAAGUGAAUUUCUAUUACUGGAAACCAAAAGAAUCCUUAAAACAGUGGUGUGCUGGUAAAUGUUUAACAAUUGGCUCUGAUUGUUAAAAGCCCUGAUUUUGUAGCACUUGCUGAUUUCUGUGAUAUAAAUACUCCCACUGUUGCUUAUUUCACAUUAACAAAGUGACACCACUGAACGUUGAGUUGGGAAGAAAUGAGCAUAGUGGCUCUGGUGAGCUGGUCUGUGACAGCUCCAGCACUGCCUAAAGAAUACAACACACAGGGCUUCCCUGGUGGCGCAGUGGUUGAGAGUCCGCCUGCCGAUGCAGGGGACAUGGGUUCGUGCCCCGGUCCGGGAAGAUCCCACAUGCCACGGAGCAGCUGGGCCCGUGAGCCAUGGCCGCUGAGCCUGUGUGUCCCAAGCCUGUGCUCCGCAACGGGAGAGGCCACAACAGUGAGAGGCCCGCGUACCACAAAAAAAAAAAAAAAAAAAAGAAUACAA